CUAGAAUCGGGAUUUUCUUCUUCAGUUCAGUGCCGUAAGAGAUUUGGUCGCGAACAGUCGCAGGUUGAGUUCCGUUCUUCGCCAACGUGUGUUCUUAUCACAGCUUCCACCCCCACCACCGGUCCGGGAGGUGAAAAAGAAGAGGAAGACGAAGUGAGAGGGACAGUUGGUGACCCCCGAAGGGAAGGAAAUCUUUUUUGCAGAUAGAUGUUUGUGGUGCCCUUUUGAGGUCCUGCGAGAGCAUGGGAUUGUGGUAAACGUCGCUAGAGGAGCAAGUUAGAGUAAAUGUAUUUGUUGGAAUAAUUGGAUGCAUUACUGUUCGAUUAUAGUUGAUGAGUGAGUUCUGGCGGUGGUGGUGAAUGAAGAGGUGAUAAUUUAUUGAUGAUAUAGCUCUGGCGUGUUGAAGGAGAGAAGAAUUGUGAUUUAUGUUGUUGGUUAUUGGAAAGCCAGUCGGUGAGAAUUUUUUUCGGAGUGUGAUUAAUAAUAAAUAAGAUUGUGCCAGCAGCAUCAGCCGGGCGGAAGAAAACAAGCGCGUGCUCUUUUCCUUGGGCUUUCGGAGAACGGAAAACCGUGCAAAGUUACGUGAAGAGGAAAUCGAUAAAAUUUUCAGCGCUGGGAAAAUUAAGCAAGAGAUGAAAAACCUCCCUCACUGGUAGAAGGCAGAAGGCAGUGUGAAUGAGAGUACUUCCAGGAGUGUUGUUGUAUGUUGUAUGGUGCAGAGAUUAAUUUUCGGCAGAUAUUCAAGUGCGGAAAGGAAGCAAAAGAGCCAACUUGUUCAAAGUGUGGGAUGAUUUGCAUAUAAAUUGGAUCCGAGGAUAAAGUGAAGCCGGAAAAAGUUGUUAAAUGGUUUAGUGACCGAAAAAAAUAGUUGAAUGUGUGAAUUGAUUAAAGUUUGCGCGAGAGCCUGUUGUUCAAAAGGAUUUUAGCAUGGAGGAGGAACUGCGUUGCCCUGUUUGCAAGCAACUGUUCUCCGGUCCGGUGCUGUUGCCGUGCUACCAUGCGCUCUGCCUAGCGUGUGCCGUGGACAUCCAGACGACGGCGAGUCAGGUCCAUCACGCUCCGGCGAUUCAUUUGCAUCAACAACACUCUCAAUCAUCGGCGUCCUCGGUCAGUACGGGCAGCUCGAGUGCUCCCGAGAGCGUUUCAUCCGAUCAAGACCAGGCCGACAAGGUCAGCAUCCUGAGCGAGGCCGACUCCGGGGUUAUCUGCUGUACUUCACGCCCCGGAUCGUACGCCGGAACACCGAAUCUACAAGGACUGUUGUUUCCACCCUCCGGAUCCGGAUCCGUCUUUUCACUCGCCUGUCCCGUUUGUCGUAAAAUCGUGUUCUUCGACGAGCUUGGCGCCAGAAAUCUCCCACUGUAUCGCGCCAUGGAGUCCAUCGUCGAUCGGUUCUGCGAGAGGGAAGCCCUCCGUUGUCAGAUGUGCGAAACGGAACCACCGAAGGUAGCUUCGGUCAUCUGUGAGCAGUGUGAAAUUCGCUACUGCGACGGCUGCCGCGAGUUGUGCCAUCCGGCACGUGGACCGCUGGCUAAGCACACCCUUACCAAGCCACGUGGCGCAUCUCAACUUCGAGAGUCCAUUUGCGGUGAGCACAACGAGCCCCUCACCAUGUACUGCAUGGGCUGCAAGCUCCCGAUUUGCAACCAGUGUACCGCGGACAACCGCCACCAGUCCCAUGACCUGCAGUCGAUCAUGGCGAUGUGCAAAUCUCAAAAGGUAAGAGCUCCAGAGAGUUACGCAACGAGGAAUUUGCGGAUGCGCCUAAUGCAUUUUUGUUAUUUUGUUAAGUUCCCUGAACGCAUCAAAGAAGAGAGUCGCGGGGGAACAACCGGUUUGGAGCGCGGCACGUUGGAUGGAUGGAUGGGUAGUACUUUUUUUUCGUUGUUGUUCACAAACAACCGGUUUCCAACCUGCGAUCCUCUUCGUCGUUCAAGCGCGCGCGCGCCUUCGUUUUUUUUUUUUUUUUCUUAACUUAUUU